AUGGCUUUGGUGCGGCCUGGAAAAAUCUUUGUGACAGUUGAGAGUGAAUGCGGUAGCUCCAUCAAGAAACUGCAACGCGACAUAAAUAAUUGCAUCUCGUCGCUUCAGUGUCAUCAGAUUGAUGUUUCAAAUUGGGAUGCAAUAUUCACAUAUUUGUGUUCGACAAAACUGCCAGAAACGACACUGGCACUUUGGGAGCAAACCAUAGAAAAUAAAACUGAGAUUUCCAAAUGGGUAGAUAUGGAUAAAUUCCUAUCCAAUCGGUUUCAAACACUGGAAACCGUGACAGGUCUUAAGGGAGAUAUCGUUUCGAAACCUAAACCACCAAGCUCUCGGAAUUCUGCAGAGACGCCUGCAAAACAGCUUGGCGCCUUUCAAGUUAGUGUAGCAAAGGCAACAUGUAAAAUGUGCAACAGCAAUGUACACAAGCUAUCAAAAGCGCUUAUAGAUUCUGGUUCUGAGUGCUCGUUCAUUACUGAGAGACUCAAACGGAGAAUCAACCUGCCAUCAAAACGCUUGCAUGCCCAAGUUUCGGGCAUCAAUAACUCUAUAUCUGCGCAGGUAAAAGAAGCGUGUGCUAUUCAACUUCGGUCACCCACAGACCCGUUAAUUAAUAUAGAAGCAAUUGUGCUGGUUUUACCACAAUUAACCGGGGAUCUUCCGACUUGUCAGAUAAGCGCAAUGACGCGGCAAUCGUUCCCAGAUUUGGUCUUGGCGGACAAAAGAUUCUUCGUCAAUGAGCCAGUUGACCUGGUCUUAGGAGGAGAUAUUUACCCGCAAAUAAUUUUAAGCGGAAUGAGGAAGAAUGUAUUAAAUACGCUUCUCGCGCAAGAGACCGUGUUCGGUUGGAUACUGACUGGUCGCGCGGACUCAGUCAGUCCAACUAACAAUAUCGUAUCGUAUUUUAACGAAGUCACGUUGGACAAGCAGCUAGCUGCAUUUUGGGAGCUGGAGGAUGUCUCAAAGAAAAAAGGCAUCAACGAAGAUGAUAAAUACUGCGAAGAGCUCUUCAAAGCAACUACAACACGAAAUACCGAUGGAAAAUACAUUGUGUCUCUACCUUUUAAACGGGAUUUUCCGAAAAAUGUGUGCUUAGGACCUUCGCUGAAAAGUGCAUGCUCUCAGUUCUACCGGAACGAGACGCGACUAGCGAAAAAGCCUGUCCUUCAAACAGAGUACAACCGGGUUGUAUCUGAAUACGAGACACUAGCACAUAUGUCAAAAAUUAACAAAAACAUUUCACCAGAUUCAACGGACUGCUAUUUUUUACCGCACCACGCCGUUUUAAAGGAAGAAAGUACCACUACAAAGGUCAGGGUUGUAUUCAACGCAUCAUGCCCAACCGCUAAUGGCAUGAGUUUGAAUGAUGUCCUCCUUCCAGGUCCUGUACUUCAGGCCGAUUUAACUAUCCUCAUACUCCGUUGGAGACUGUUCCAAUAUGUCUUCAACAGCGAUAUAGAGAAAAUGUAUCGGCAAAUAUUUGUAAAUGAGAAUCAAACGAAAUAUCAGCGCAUAGUUUUUCGCACCUGCCCAAGAGAACCAAUUAGCUUAUACGAAUUAAAACCGGUGACUUUUGGCAUCAAUUGUGCUCCUUAUCUCGCGAUAAGGACAUUGCAUGAACUAGCUGAUAGUGUCGUGAGCUCGUUUCCAAUCGCAUCCGAAAUUUUGCGCAAGUGUAUGUACGUGGAUGACGUACUUGCUGGAGGACACAGCAUCGAAGCAGCGAUUAAAGCUAGAGAAGAAAUACUACAGGUACUGGAUUCAGCAGGGUUCCCGUUAAGAAAGUGGACUUCGAACUCCAGUAAAAUACUUGAAGGUAUACCGAAAUCUCAUUUACUCACCGACGAUUUUCUAGAGUUUGAAGAGUCUAGUACGGUAAAAGCACUUGGCAUCAGAUGGAAUGCCAAAUCUGACUACUUCUAUUUCACAGCAAAACCAAUAGAAAAUCGUGACGUCAUCACUAACAGAGCGAUACUUUCAGCUAUCGCCAAACUGUUUGACCCGCUCGGUUGGCUCGCUCCAGUGGUAAUUGUCGCCAAGAUCAUUAUGCAAAAUAUUUGGUUGGAGGGAACUGGUUGGACGAUACCGUGUCUCCGACCACAUUAG